CAAUAAUAGUAGGCGCCGGUACGUGAUUCAUUGUUUGACAACUUCUCAUUGUUCUCGGCUCAGUUAAUUUUAUGUGACAAACCGAUAUUGUGUUCUUUGAAAAAUUGUGAAAAAUAUUGGAAAAAUUUUAAUUUAAAACCAUCAUAUCAAUCACGUGUAUUGUGGAAAUUAUUUUUCAAAUUCAUUUGUCUUCAGCCAGCAACAAGUGUAUUGUUAUUGUGACACUUUAUGAGCGGGAAAUUUUCUCACUUUGAUUAAUUACAAAAACAAGCAAUGCCAAGAAAACGCAAAGGGGUUGAUAUGAGCCGCAGUACAAGCAGAGCUCGAAGGUUGCAAAAUAGCAGAUCCGAAAGAACAGAAGAACAAAUCCAGCUACAAAAUACUGAUGCACGUGUCAGAAUGACGCGAUUGCAUCAAGAAGAGCCAGAAGAUACACGAGAUGAACGCAAUGAAGUCAGAAGAUUAGAACAACGACAAUCACGCCGUUUCACAGUCAAUAGACGAAGAACAAAUAACCAACAACGACAACAGGUACAUCGAGCAUUUAUAUCUGAUUCAUUCCUGCGUCUAGCAUUCCAGUAUGAGCCCGAUAUUGAAUAUUAUGCUCAUUCAAAAGUGGUAAUUGGUGCUAUGGACAAGGAAUGUCCGCAUUGUCAUGCUCUGAAAUUCAAAAAUGAGCCAGCUGGGAUGUGUUGCGCGUCAGGAAAAGUGCAACUACCUGAAAUUGAAACACCACCUGAACCCUUGAACGGCUUACUUAACGGCACGGAUCCAGAUUCUAACGUGUUCCUGAAGUCAAUUCUAAGAUUCAAUUCAUGCUUUCAAAUGACAUCGUUCGGAGCAACAGAAAUAGUUCGAAAUACUAAUGCAAAUGGUCAACAAUUCAAUUCUACAUUCAAAAUCAGAGGCCAAGUUUAUCAUAAAAUGGGCUCACUGCUGCCAAUGCCAAACGAACCACAUAAGUUCUUACAAAUUUACUUUAUGGGCGGCGAGGAUUCCGGAAGCGCACUUGCCAAUCGCGUGAAUGCACAUUGUAAUUAUAAUAACCUUGAUUCACUUUAUGCCAGGCGCAUCGUCAGCGAGCUAGAUGCUCUUUUGAACGAGCACAACGAGUUGUUGAAAAUAUUCAAAUCACAUAUGCACCAAUUACAAAGCGAUAAUCACGCUAUCGUCAUUAAUCCUGAUAAAACACCAGCUGGAGAGCAUAUUCGUAGAUUCAAUGCACCCGUUGUUGAUGAUGUUGCUGGAAUCAUGGUUGGCGAUUCUACAGCUGCACGAGAAAUUGUGAUUCGUAGAAGAAAUAAUAAUCUUCAGUUCAUUUCUGACACACAUCGUUCAUAUGACGCUCUCCAAUAUCCGCUAAUAUUCUGGAAGGGACAAGACGGAUAUUGCAUAAACAUAAAACAACGAGAUACCGUAUCAGGAGCUGAAACAAACAAGAACGUUAGCUCAAAGGAUUAUUAUGCGUACCGAUUAAUGAUUAGACGUGGCCUGGACAACGUCAUUUUACGAUGUCGUGAGCUUUGUCAACAAUUCAUGGUCGACAUGUACGCGAAGAUUGAGAGCGAACGACUACGAUACUUACGCUAUAAUCAACAAAAGCUGCGCGCGGAAGAGUACAUUCAUUUGCGAGACGCUAUCAACAACAACGCCGACGUCGCCGAAAUUGGUAACCAUGUCAUUUUACCAUCAUCGCACGUAGGCAGUCCACGUCAUAUGCAAGAAUAUAUACAGGAUGCUCUGACUUUCGUGCGCGAAUAUGGACGACCAUGUUUAUUUAUCACGUUCACAUGUAAUCCAAAAUGGCCAGAGAUUACAUCUUUGCUACUGCCUGGCCAAAAUGCAAUACAUCGCCAUGACAUUACAGCACGUGUGUUCAAACAAAAGUUGAAGUCUUUAAUAAGUUUCAUUACUAAAUCACAUGCAUUUGGUCCCACACGCUGCUGGAUGUAUUCGGUUGAGUGGCAAAAGCGAGGAUUACCUCAUGCACACAUUUUGGUUUGGUUCAUCGACAAAAUCCGUCCUGAAGAAAUCGAUAGCAUCAUUUCUGCGGAAAUUCCAGAUCCAUCCACUGACCAACUGCUGUUUGAUAUUGUUACAACAAACAUGAUUCAUGGUCCAUGUGGUACUCUUAAUAGUUCAUCGCCUUGCAUGGCUGAUGGAAAAUGUACUAAAAAUUUCCCUAAAGAUUUUACCAAUGAUACGGUCACAAAUGUCGACGGAUACCCAAUAUAUCGUCGAAGAAAUCCUGAAAAUGGCGGACAAUCAUUUAUUAAAAAUAUCAUCAACACAGACAUUGAUAUUGACAAUCGUUGGGUGGUGCCAUAUUCGCCUCUGCUGAGCAAGACAUAUAAUGCUCAUAUUAAUGUUGAGUUCUGCAGUUCUGUGAAGAGCAUCAAAUACAUUUGCAAGUAUGUCCAUAAAGGCAGUGAUAUGGCUGUGUUUAGAGUGGAAAAUACUAAUGUGAAUGCUCCUCCAGUGAAUAAAAACGAUGAAAUAACGCUCUACCAAAUUGGUCGGUACAUCAGCUCCAAUGAAGCUGCUUGGCGUAUCUUUGGUUUUCCAAUUCAUGAACGGGAUCCAGCAGUUGUUCAGUUAGCCAUCCAUCUUGAAAACGGUCAGCGUGUAUUUUUCACGAACGAGACAGCGAUUGAUCGUGCAAUAAAUCCACCUAAAACUACACUCACUGCAUUUUUUGAAUUGUGUAAUCGUGCGGAUGAUUUUGGUGCCUUUGCACGAACAUUACUCUAUUCACAAGUACCACGCUAUUUCACAUGGAACCAAAGAAAAACAUGGAUGCCCCGCAAGCAAGGCUCACCAGUUGCUGCAUGUCUCAAUUUAUUUAAAUCAAACGCCUUGGGGCGAUUAUUUACAGUCAAUCCAAGACACACGGAGUGCUUUUAUCUUCGACUGUUGUUGGUUAAUGUUACUGGCCCAUUAUCAUUUCAAGAUAUACGUAAAGUGAAUGGGCAACAAUAUCCAACGUAUAAAGAUGCAUGCCUUGCACUCGGCUUGCUGGAAGACGACAACCAGUGGGAAUGCAUGCUUGCUGAAGCUGCAUCGAACUGUACAGCAAUACAAAUUCGUCUACUAUUCGCUAUAGUGUUGACUACAUGUUUCCCGAGCACAGAUAUUAUGGGAAAAUCACAAAGAUUCAAUGACUGAUGAU